AUGCCCUUCAAAGGCGUCUGCAACUGCGGAAAUAUCCAGGUCUCGCUGGAUCAGCAGCCGGAAAAUACUUUGGUCUGCCAUUGCCGCAAUUGUACCAAAGCAGGCGGUGGCCCCUUCUCAAUAAACUACGCCGUCGAAGACUCCACCGCCAACAUCAACGACCCGCAUGCAAGUCUGAAGAUCUACAAGGAUGCAAACACGGAUAGUGGGAAUCGCAUUCAGCGCCAAUUCUGCGGAAACUGCGGCAGUCCCAUUCUAAGCAAAAGCCCCAAGUACCCCGGGAUGUCGAUUUUCAAGGCUAUGUUGUUUGAGGAGUUGGCGCCGCCUAGUAAGGAGGUUUUUACGGGGUCGAGGGUCGGGUUUGUGAAGCCGAUUGAGGGGGCGGAGCAGGCUUGA